AUGUCGGACGAAGUAUCCCAGUUUCUCGAGCAGGUCGAGCGCCUGCGGGGGCAGCAGAUUGAGGACGACGAGAUGCGAGCCCGAGAGCGCGAGGAGUUUCUUGCUGCCAAACGGGAGCGCCAGGCCAGAAGAGAGGAACGCGCCCGAUCCAUCUCACCGCAGAAAUCAUCGCCAGCCAACACGCCGUCACCACGCACGCUCCGGCGAACUGUCAACCUUUCCGAAUCGCUGAGACUCGACUCCCCAGCCGGCGAGUCCUUGGAUAAGCUGCGCGAGCGAUCGUUGACCGAGACAGAGCAACCCCUAGAGGCGGAUCAAUCCGAUGCCAUGCUGCACUCCACCUCACAGGCGAGAGAGAACGAGGCCCCUGAGGAUCUCGACGCAAAGCGGGGCGAUGAUGCCACAGCUGCUCGAAGAGAUUCACAACUCUCGUGGCAGCGGCGUACGACCCGAUCCAACAGCCGCCCGCUGAGCGUCGUCGCUGCUCGAAAUGCGGCCGCCACGCACGAGACCGCUGCAGAGGAGCCUCCAUCCCCUACCCAGCCUCUUUCCAAGGACCAGAUCGCCAAGAGCCUUGGAUCCAAGGAUGCGUCGUGGUUUCGUCAAACUGCCGACAGAGGCGCUGACUCUGCGGCGUACCGACGGAACCAGGUGGAAGACGAUGAUCGACUCGACAUGUCGUCUCUCAGCGCCCAGCUGCCUGGCAUGAGCAGCGAAAACUCCGGAGAACGUCCUGGCUCCCGAGGCGAGAGUGCUCUCGGCAAACUUGCUUCUCCGUUCUCUUUGAACCCUCCCAGCUUCGACAAUCCAGCCGCUGAGAGGCCUCAGGCAGAACCGAUUGCCCCAACAGCGACUGGCCGGACGUCUCCUGUGCGUACAUCGUCUCCGACCAAGGGCAUGGGCGGUUUUGUGCAGAGCGCAAUGAUGAAGAGGAGUGACAGCGUGAAGCGAUGGUCUGUUGCCAGCCCGCCUGCGUUGACCCGUCCCGAGAACGUGACGGCGAGCCAUCGUGGCUCAAUCGACAGGGGGGCGGCUCCCCCAAGGCCACAAAGCAUGUUCGUUCGUGACCCAACAGUAGCUACGGCAACGACAACGUCAGGGACAAGUAGAUCUCGUCCAUCCUCUCGGCCAACGUCUCGACAUGGAGAAGCGUCUGAAAGGCGUCCCAAAACACCAACUUCCACGAGCCCACCUCAGCCCCAAAGGCAUGAGCUUCUCGAUGAUGCAUCCCUUCCACUCUCCCCAACCAAGACAAUGGAGCCUCGACGUUGGAGCCCGACGAAGUCAAGCUGGCUCGAGAGCGCUCUUAAUAAACCAGACUCGCCAAAGCUACCCCCGAAGCCAGCAUCCUCACAACAACCAGCAUGGAUGGUCGAGCUUAACAAGAACAAGCGUGGUGGUAAUGCUACUCCCGAGCCAAGCAAACCCGCUGCUCCCUCUCACAAGCACCAAGUUAGUAUCGAUGGGCUUAUGAGGUCCACGCCAAUGGGUUCAAGGCUGAAUCUCAACACUACGGGUCUGGGUGGAAUCUACUCACCCCCUGGAACACAAUCUGUAACGAAUCGUGCGUCGUUUCAAAAUUUCCCAACAUCGAGCACGCCCAUGACUGCCGGACCGGAAAGACCAAGAUCAAAGUCGAGGGGCGCUCUCGAUCAAGUUAAACCUGAGGCUCCGCCAAAGAAGGACCUGGAUUUCCGCGGAAACUUGAAGCCACGAGCUGCCGAAGCCCCGACUCCCAAGACCCAGGAGCCCGAGUUCAAGGCUGUAUUUGGCACUCUUCGCAGAACCAAGACUCAAAAUUUUAAAGCUCCAGACGAGCUAAAGGACAACAUUCUCCGUGGCAAGGCGGCUCUCAACCAGACUGACGGGCCACAGAAGUCGGUAAUUAGGGACGAAUUCAAGGACUCCAUACAGAAGAAGAGAGACGAUUUCAAAAGGGCCCAAGCCGAGGGAACAGGAAUUGCCAAUACUAUAACGCGUGACAAGCCUAAGCCUCUUCUCCCCGAAGCACUCGCCAUGAGGAAUCCUCCACAGAGAAAGUCAAGUCAAGUGAACUUGGCCAAACAGUCCAGCCCAUCCUUGACUCCCACGAAGACCACCUUGACUGAGAAUACCAGACUAGAGAAUAAGGAACCCGAUACGCCAGCCCGGACCGAAGAGUCUCUGCCCAGCCUUUUGAAGAAGAAGAGUGCUCCGUCAAAGCUUGGCGGCCUGGCCGGACGAUUUAACCCUGCCCUUGCCGGGAUGCUGGCACGAGGACCACCACCGGCAGCUUCCAACGGUGGGAGCCGAGGUGAAGAAUCAGGACGAAGCGAUGGAGAUGCUCAACCAUCACAACCAGGCCCUCAGCUGACGCACAUGACUAAGGGACGAGCGCGUGGCCCGAGGAGAAAGGCGCCGACCAAUGUAGGCAACGCUCCCGCCAAUACCACAAAUGGCUCUGCAGAGUCGUCCCCAGCAAGCCGGCAACCCGCCGCAUUUGGAAAGCAGCGUCUCCCCGCGCCCGUUGAAGACAGGAAGCCAAUUACGCAGCCAAUUCAAGAUCGAGCGGCCACAAAGCCUGAUGUGCCAUUUAAACCAAAGCCUAUCGAGGCGAGAAAAGUAGAGGCUGACAGCCGACCUCUGGAGCAGCCUGUUGCCCCCUUGAAUCUUCGUAGUAGACGACAAACAGAGUCUGCUAUCCAGGUCGGCCAACUAUUAUCAUCACGACCCGAGUCACCUCAGAAGCCGGAGGUAGAAGCACCGAAGAAACUUAACUUGAAGCGCAUGUCAAAAUUCUUCGAGCAACCCAAGGAUACCACCACUACAGCGGCAUCUGAGACUCCCAGGACACCCGGCAAGCUCUCACCUCAAAAGACUGGCACAUGGGAACCAGUCAAGACCGGAGAGCCUGCCAAAGAGGCUAAGAAGCUGAUACAACAAAAGACUGGUCCAUGGUCACCGGUGAAGAAAACCGAGCGCUCGCUACCCGACACCCGAUCAUCCGCCAUCAACAUGCUCGGUGAAUCGAAGCCAUCCACAGUAAACGCUGCACCAGAGCGUGCCCCGGCUGCCAUAAAAGCCCCAUUGCCAGGACCCAAGCCGACUUCUUUCAACGGGUUACCAAAGGGAGGCGACGCACGACCAGCGUCACCACCGCCUGCAGCGGCAAACUUUUCCCAGCGGCUACCACAACCACGGGUUGAAGCGCCCCUCGCAUCGCCUUCGCGGCCGCAAACAAGCCAUGGUAGCGAUGUAUCAGCCAUUCUUCACGACUUCUUUGGACCUCCGUAUGAGAGCGUCCCCUGCGACAUGGACUAUGCUGAUAUCUUGACAAACUACCCAAAGACUGGCGCAAAGGGCAAGACAUUGUCAUUUCACAUGUUCCAGAUUGAUGGGGAGGGCAAGCAGAUGAUCGUUCCGGCUUACCGCGAGCGUAUCCUCUUUGAACAAGAAAUGUACGUUGCUGGGCAUAAUUUUACCAACGAGGCCGGAUGGAAAGUGCGCGAGGUCUACUUCUGGAUCGGCGAUGAAGUUGCGGACGCAGAUGAGGAUGCAGCAGAGGCUGUGGCACAACAAGAGGCCAGACAGCUGGGCGGCAAACUCAUCAAAAUCAGGCAGGGCAAGGAAACACCAGAGUUCCUACAGGCCCUUGGCGGCGUUGUCAUUGUUCGAAGAGGUGCAAGCACCAGAUACGACUCGCUUGCGCCGUCCAUGCUUUGUGGCAGACGGUAUCAGGGCCAGGUAGCAUUUGACGAGGUUGACUUUACGACGGGCAGCCUCUGUGCUGGAUUUGCCUAUCUAAUCACCCACUCUGGCAACUGCUACUUGUGGAAGGGCAAGGGAAGCGAUGUGGAGGAGCUCAGCUGUGCACGCCUCAUUGGUAUGGACUUGACGGUGACUGGACAGCUGAUUGAGUAUGACGAGGGCAACGAGCCUGCGUCCUUCUGGGACAUGAUGGGCGGCGAGUCGAAGCCUCACUCGGCGGAUCACUGGAGACUGAAGCCUAGUUAUGGGAAAUACAACGGCAGACUCUUUUGUGCCGAUGUAGAGUCUAGGCAAAAGAUCUUUGAGAUUUGCCCGUUCAAUCAAGCCGACAUGUCAACAUUCAACAUCUACAUUCUCGAUGCCUUCUUUGAGAUGUACAUCAUUGUUGGCUCCCAGGCCCAGUCCCAGUACGCAUCCUUCCGCACCGCCCUCGACUUUGCUCAGGAAUAUGCCGUCCUGGCCGCCAGCAUGGAGGAUCGACCCUUUAUCCCCAUCUCGACGGUUGUUCUCGAGGGUGCGCCGCGGGACCUGAAGCGAGUGUUCCGCAAGUGGACCGAUGAGCGGUGCCCGACGCUCUUGCACAAUCCUUCGAGCGAAGCUGGAUUGAAGCGAGGUCGCAGUCUUAGGGUUGUGCCUCUUACGCAGGCCAUCUUGGCGUUGAGGGAGUAA